AUAGCUGAGGGUAUAUCAUACCUUCACAACCGAAUCGUUAUCCACUCUGAUAUCAAAUCAGAUAACGUAUUGGUAUCCCCGGGUGGAGAUCCUCUCAUUUGCGACUUUGGUUUAUCCCGAUUAAUAGUCGCAACCCAUACAAUGAACGCAGUAACACAGAGCGGCACGCAGAGAGGUAGCACUCGAUGUAUGUCUCCAGAGAUCAUUGAGCCACCAGAUGGACAUGUGACGUAUUCCGAGCAGUCGGACAUUUGGGCAUUUGGGAUGACUAUUUACAUGAGUUCUGGUGAACUUGCUUAUUUUGAUGUCAGAAGCUCAGCACAACUAUCAUUAUCAGGAAAUUUUAACACGAAGGAAACCAUUUUACAGACUUGGAACCGAGUUGCAGGUCAUGGUUGUAAUAACCAAGGAUAUCCUUCCUGA